AUGGACGUGGUGAUAGAGUCAUUAGGAGCCGAAAAUGAUGAAGCUGCAAGAGAUGAAGAACCGAUUGGUUCCACAAUUAAAGAUGAAGAAGAGGGUGCCGUAGCAACAGCAGAGGAAGAGGAAGGAACGACCCGCCCACUCGGUGAUCUGGGAAUCACUGCUACGGUCGUUGGGCUCGACACUGGCACAGUGGACAUGAAAAAUGUCUGCUGGCUUGAAGGUGACAGUGCAGCCCCACUCGACGCCAUAGGCGUAGAGGAAGCAUUGGGGAUAGUAGUAGUGGCCGAAGCAGAUGGCGACUACAUAGGGGUUGAUUAUGGUUUAACAGAGAGGGAGCCGACAGCAGAGGAGCUGGGAAUGGCGGGCCAACUUGGAAGAGACGAUGUGGCCACACUCGACAACACAGGCAAGGAUGAGGCAUUGGGAGUCGUAUUUCUUGCCGAGACUGACGAGAACGGCGUGGGGAUUGAGGAUGGGUUCACAGAGGGUGAGCUAGCGGUGUAG